AUGUCACUUCCACAACGUCCACUACUUCCAACUUCACGUAAGUUCCGUUCUUAUUUGAAAGAAGAAAAAAAAUGGAAAAUGAGAAAAAAAUCUAUAUCAAAACAUUACGGUCUGCUGGCUCUCAUUUUGAAAUUGUCUCUUAUCAUUUCGCAAAACUCAUAUAUUUUUCUUCUCGCGAUUUAUAUAAAAAAUUUUUAUCGGGAAGAAUUUAUAAUAACUUGCUUUUGAAAAUUAAUUCAAUUUUUUUUUUCAAUAGUUUCUUCCGAAAUCUGAAACUUCACCUGAAUCAUAGAACAAUUUUUAUUAACAAUUAUUUUUAAUAAAAAAUUAUCCGAACCUUUAACAAGAAUUGUGUUUCGGAAUCCUAGAUUUUUCAAAAGUAUGAUUAUAAGUUUCUGAAUUAAAAAAAAUCUGAAACUCUACUCACCUAACCUAAUUUUUAGCCCCAAAAAUAGCUUUGCCAAAAAGAUUUUCCAUUUUUUUCUGGUUGAUAAAUACAUACAUUCAAAAUAAAAAAACACAUUAUUAUUAUUAUAACCCCCGUUAUUUUGUUCUCUUUUCUUUUUUCGGCGAAUCAUACAAAACGGAGGCUCUUUUUUUUCGCCUGUUUAUUUCGUUUCUCAAUGAUAAUGUUGUUGAUAAUGUUGUGAUGAUGAAGAGGAAGAUGCUGCUGCUGCUUUGCUUUCUGGCUGGCUGAUGGUGUUGGUUAGUACGACACGAUGAAAUAGAGACACAAAGUGUCUUUUCGUCGUCGCGCCUCUUCUACUAUCAUAUAUAUGUGUUUUUUAGUUGCUUCGCUUUUUUCGCGAUUUGGAAGCAGCAUGUUUACUGUAUUUUUCUCGGAACAUUAUCUAGCUAAAAUCUGUGACCGCUAGAAAUUUUUGAACCAUCUAACUAUGAAAAGUGAUCCUCAAACUUUUUCUGGUAGAUCAAAAAUAUCUUUCUCUAAAUCUCUCACUUUCUAGUUUAAUUUAGCCUAAGAUUUUGUCAGGCCUCAAAAACCGCUAAAAAAUUUCGAUUAGACUCUGUGAUCCCAGAUCCAAUUUAGAACCUCCCGAAAUAUUUUCCUCUGGCAGUUUGACAGUUACAUUUUUUUCUAAUCAUAUGAUACUGUCAGGCCUCGAAAAAACAUUUUCGACUACACUUCAAGAUCACAUCUAAAAAUUUCCUCUGACAGUUUAAUGUGAAUCACCAUAAUAAAUAUUUCUUCGUCUCAUUUUCCCUACAAUCAUGAGAUAAUAUGAGUCAUUUCAAAAAAUAUUGUGUGUUCACAAAAAAGUUUGGCCCUUGCACACUUCCUCCACACAUCAUUAAAUCCACUUGUUGUUAAUCUUCAUUGUUCCAUAUUUAAGUUGACAUUAUUUGACAGGUGUCUAUCAAACUUUGUCAAUUUCAAGCACCACUUACUCAAAAAUCAACCAAAAACCUAUUAUUUCAGAUAUGGAUGAUAAAUCGCCUCGUCUUCCAGGUGGUCCAGGCCCCAACAGCUAUCCAUUUGCCCCAUUCUGUGCCACCUCAUCACCAUCCACAACAACAGCCAGUGUCUUCCCACAAAUGCCCAUAUUUCCGCCGAAUUUCCAGCAAGUCUAUCAGAAUUUAUUGCAAGCUCAUUUUGUGCAAAUGGCUUCGGCGCAAGCACAAGCUCAUGCUCAAGCGCAAGCUCGAUUGAGUGCUGGAACAUCGCCAGUGAAUUCGGAUCAGGCAUCUUCGAGAAGUGAAUCACCGCAAAUUGCGAAAAGUUAGUUUGAAUUUUAUUUUGAAGGGGGGGAUUGAUUGAUGGAACGGGGUUGUAUUUAUUUUAUUUUAUUUUUCCUAUAAGAAGACUGUUCAACUGUGACUACAGUAUACUGUGAAUGUUGUGAGAAGAAGAAAAGAAAAGCAAUUAGGAUCUCCGGACCGUCUAACUUCCGGUCACGAUUCAUCGACAAUGACCUCGUUGACAACAUGGAAUGUUUGAGGAAGUCAGUUAGUGACAAGUUAACUUUUUGCUGCCCCGGUAUUUUAUGAGUGUCUUCCUCUUCUUCACUUUUCACAUCAGAUACUGUAGUCGAAGAAGGACAAACAUUCAUUGUUGAUUUAAAUAACAAUAGCAACAAGUUUAUACACCACAAACUUAACUUGGUCUCUCUUUCCUAUGUAUUCUACAAUAUAGAAAAGAAGGAAAGGGGACUGUGCAUGCAUGGCAGGUGUCUUUUUUCUUUUCUCGAAUCUUGAAUAGAGAAAAACCUUGUCAAGCUUUUAUGCGCAAUAUUUUGAGGGACAUGCUUUCAGAAAAGCCUUUUCAGUGAGGAGAAACAUGCAUAGAAAUCUUUAAUUAGUCUAGUAUUCGCAACAUUUUUGAAAGAAGUAUACUUUGUCGAAGAGUCCUUGGGCAGGUGAAAAGGGGGGGGGGUUGAAUCGAACUCGGAUAGCCAUUAGGUCCGAUUCAUAAUUUUGAAAUUAGGGAUUGUACAUAGAUAUGGGAUUUGAAUUCAAAUGUUAAAUUUCUACUUCAGGCCGAAGCCCAGAUUCAAAAGUGUAGACCUGAACCUUACUCUAGGAUUAUCGAUAGCUUGGGCUUAGGCUUUGGACUGCAACCGGGGUUUCAGAAACAAUUUUUUGUACUCCCCCACAACCGCCAGCUGUGUGACCUAUCCAGCGGUUGUCCUGAUCCCUUUCCAGCCGGGAAGAUCAUUUUUCAGAAAUAAGAAUUUCUUUUCUUGCAAACAAAAAAAAACAACAACUUUUUUUGUCUCAUUCCCAAAAUCCCAUGAGGCGUCAUGUCGGUCGGCGAACUUCAAAACCAAAGCAUUUUUCAAUUAAGCCAGUCGUGUGUGCUAACUUUUUUUUUCGCGCAUUUCUCUCCUCGCUUCCCAACACAUUUUUGUUUGCCAAUUUUUCAUUUCUGGCGCCAACACCAAGUAAAGUGUUUUAUUAGUGGACUGGGAACAUAGGAAGGCUUGGCUUGGCUUGAAAUGAAAUAUGACUAGAAAAAAACUAACGGAAGGAAAAUGUAUUAUAUUUUUCGGGAAACAAUUGAGAGUUUUUUUUUGAAUUGGGAGGGAUUUUCAGAAUUUUUGGGAGCACAAUCUGAUUUCAACAAUUUUGAAAAGGUCCAACAAAAAUGGACUUGGUCCAAACUUUUGGAAUCAUAAUUGGACCACUAAACAUUUUUCCAAAAAAAAUUGGACCAGUUUUAAUUCUGACUCUUGUCACCCUGGUCUCACUUAUAAAUCCUGAAAAUCAAGUUCCUCUAAUCAGACCUGACCCACUUCUAAAUCAACAAAAAACCAAAUUUCUUCUCGGAAUUUUCGAACCCAAUGCCUUCUAAAAAUUCAAAUAUCCUCAGCCCAUUUAUUUCUCUUUCUUGUCUUUUUCUCAUAGCCUCAAAAUUGACCCUAAAUAAAAUUUAUCGUCGUGUAAAUACCAAUAAAAAGGUUGUGCAGCUUUCCUCUUCUUGGUUCUCCCAUCGGGAUUAGCGGUUUUUAUCACCCCUCAUAAUAAUAAUAAUAACAAGAACACAAAACAAACAUGAUGAGCAAAAGACGGAGACAAAAAGUCAUAAAAUGCCAUACAUCUGCACAGCAUCUUUGUUUUGCUCAUUUGACACCUUUUUUAUUGGUGGCUUGUAACAAGCUUAUAAGAGGGGUUUCAAUUAUUUGAAAAUAAUGACACCUAGCUAGACCUAGAUACUUCCGGAUUUCCAAAAAAGGAAAAGAUUUUUUUUGAAAACAGCAAUUGGUGUUGAAUUAAUGACAGACAGGAGGAAGGGAGAACAGGAGGCGUCAAAUCAAUUAAUCAUUUCAUUUUGGGGAUUGAAUGAGUCGGUCGGCGGGCCGCCCUUUGAACAAUCAGCACCAAUUUAUCAUCAACUAUAUAUACAAAUAGUGGAUAAAUAGAAUAAUAACUCAUUUGUGAUUGUUAUCUCAGAAUUCGAGACAAUCUGAUAAUUAUGUGUCAUCUUUUUGUUUAUGUUGUUGUGUGUUUUUGGGGGGAAUCGUGGAAAAUUUGGAAAAAAUAUGAGCAAUGUUUUGAUUGUAGAAUUUUGUUUUUGGGAAUUUUUAGAAAAAAAUCACACUACAGUAUGCCGUGAUUCGAAAUUGUAUUUCGAAUUUCAGAAACAUUCAAGAAUUAUGGGAAUCAGGAGAAUAACAUGAGCAAUGUAAAAUUAGUUUCAACAGAAUUUUUUGGACUCACAAUUUUCCUAGAGGGCAGCUCAGUGGCAGUAGGCAAUCUUGGGGUCAAGGGUUUGAUUCUCAUUUUUUUUUCAAAAAUACAUCGUGCUCUACAGUAUCCAUCGAGUACACAGUAGUAGUCUAACUUAAUUAUAAAAUCAUAAAUGCCGCCAAAGAAGAAAAAGAAGAAGAUGGUCAUUUUCUCAGGUGUCCGUCUCAAUGUGUACUUAUGCUAAUUUAUGACGAACAACACCCCAACACUACUUCUCCUUUUCUCUGUUUUGUAUAUGCCCGAAAUUGAUUUUGAAUGAGAAGGAGAAGGCAAAUAGUCGUAAAAUUAAAAGAAGGUCAUUUUUGUUUGAGGGGUAUCUAGUAACUACAGAUAAAUAAUUCAAUUGUUCUUUUCAGAAACUCUGAUUUUGGAUGAAGAUGGUUUUGCAACUUGCCCGGCUUGCGGUGAUAAAUUAGCCGAAUCACAAUGGAAUUCACAUAUUGAAGAGGAGAAAACAAAAUUGAUUAGUCAUAUUCGAAGUGUGAAAGAGAAUGGGCAAAGUUCAUCGAAUGGUGAACAUCAGAUUCAUAAAAGAGAAAAUGAAUUAUUGAGAAUUAGAAAUAAUCAACAGAAAAGACAGAUUCGUAAGUUCAUAGCUUUGAAACAUUUUUGAAAAUUCAAAUUCUUUCAGUGAAACGUGGCACAAAUUCCUUGAUUCGAGAUUGUUUAACUCCAUUUAGUAGACAAUCAAAUGAUGAGACUGGAUCGAGUGAAUCACCAGAUACAAAGAAAAUGGAUGAGGAUUUUAAUAAUAUGAUGAAGUGCACAUCUUGCCAGGUAAUCUAUCAAUAAGUACUAGUUAUUUUUCAAAAUAGCUCAGUCUGAAGCAUGUAUCUGAUCCAGAAAACAUUUUUCAACUUUUCAAUUUCCAGCAACCCUGUGCAUAUGGAAUAAUAAUGUCAAGCUACGAUCGUCCAAAAUGCCAAAUGUGCUUCGAUAUAAUCCGCACUCAAUCGUGUAUUCUCACCUCGGUAAGAACUAGAACUAAAUAUUCAAAAAAAGCGGGCGAAAAUCCAAGAGACAGGUGUGAUUGUCGGCACAACAUCAAAUGUGCUAAUGAGGUUGUGUAAUAUCUCGGGGGAUGUUGAUUGAUUACUGUAUAUAGUAGGAUUAGUUACUAGCACUUGGCACUUGAAAACAAAUCGGGUCAGGGGGUUUUUGAAAAGCAAAUAAUAAUAAUAAUUUCCCCCAAUUUUUGCAGACAUCUCCUGCUCAAAAUGAUGAUGAAAAUGAUGAGCCAAGUUUGAAGAAAAUGAAAUUUGAAGAUGAAGAAGAAGCAAUCAUAAAAAGAGAAGAAGACGACGAAAAUAUUGUAGAUCAAUAG